AUGCCCAAGGUCAAAUCUUUCUCGUCGGCGUGGCUGUCCAACAACAAGGCGCCGGGCCGCCAGCUAUUUGAGCCUUCCGCCGACGCGGUACGAUCGCGGGCUCUGUCGCCGCCCUCCAGGGCCAGGUCAAUCCUCGGCCCUAGGAGAACGAUUGCCCGUCGGGGCACUGAGGUCUUCGUUGCCGUGGGCAAGGAGAUUCGAUGGGCUGAUCUGGCCUACCUUAAGGAUGAAUGGUCAGUCAGACAGUCGAGAGCGAGAUCGGGGACAGGCGCUGCGGGGGUUUGGAUCAAGAGAGAAGACUCGAUUCCCUCAAUUGAACGAGGAGAGAUAGAUGCUGCACCUGGGCUGAGGAUCAUGAAAACUCCAGUGGCUGAUGAAAUCCGACAAAUAAUCAUCUCGCCAAACUCAAAUUUCUUGGCCAUUCUCACGACACACACGGUUCACAUUUGCUCCAUACCCGACUCGUCGCAUCUAACGAGCGAGGAUACCUCUCCUCUGCGGCCCAAGAUUUACACCCUCGGCCCGACUACCCAUGUAACUUCACGGUCACCCAUCAUGUCAGCCCUGUGGCAUCCUUUGGGGGUCAAUGGCUCCUGUCUUGUCACCGUUACAGCGGAUGCGAUUGUCCGAGUUUGGGAGCUGUCGAUGCAGGACCGCUGGUCGUUCGACUCCCCUACGACCUCGGUAGAUCUCAAGAAGCUUGCUGACGGUACUACCCUGGAUCAGGACUUUUCCGCAUCGACUUCGGCAACAAACAAGGCCUUCUCGCCAGAUUCAUUCGAGAUGGAAGUAGCCACAGCCAGCUUCGCGGCCAAGGGCUCAGGAGGCUGGAACCCCAUGACUCUCUGGGUAGCCAUGCGAGAGGGCGAUGUCUACGCUCUCUGCCCGUUGCUCCCCCAGAGAUGGGCGCCCCCGCCGACAUUGAUCCCGUCCCUGUCUGUUUCCAUCGUCACGACCGUCGCCAGCAUCGAGGACGAUCCUGAAAUUGACGACAAGGAGAAACUCCUGGCUCAACAGCAGCUGCAGUGGAUGGGGGAACUGGAUGCGCAGGAACCUCAGAUCCUUGAAAGUCUGCCAGGAGAGCCCAUUGUCGAGGUCUUUACACGACCAACUCGGCCUGGCGUCAUUCCCCGAUUACAAGGGCCGUUCUAUCUUGAAUCAGACCCCGAGACUGGCGAUGACCUGGACACUGCCAUCACUGACAUCUUGGUGAUUGGGAAGAAGACGGAGACGGAUCGUCUCAUGCUGGGGGAAGACGAAGAUGUCGACUUGGAUGACGGCGAUCAGGAGGGCCUGUCGCUGCCCGUCAUCUGCCUACUCUCCGCAAGCGGCCAGGUCAGGGUGUACCUCGAUCUCGAAGGCAUCCAGGCGCAGUGGCUCCCGCCCAAGAACAAAGCGAAACUUGGGCGGUCGCCGACACCGAGCGGCCCUCCCUCGCUGCUUGCUUUCCAAGCGAUCGACACCAUGAGCCCCGUCGAGGUGAGCGAGGACUGCUGGCCGGUGUUCAGCAACGACGUCAUGUCCAGAUACAGUUUCUUCGUUACACAUCACGCGGGCAUCACAUUCGUGUCCCUGACGUCGUGGGUCUUCCGCCUCGAGGGCGAGCUGUUGGCGGACCACGAGGCCGGCAUCGACUUCAGGAUCGGGCUGCUGGUCAACUCACAAUCUGUUAGGGACAGGAUUUACGCGCAGCCAAGCGCCGACGUGGCCACGCCUCUCGCAGCGUGCGUCGCCAUCAGAGAUCCUGACCUGGGCUACUUUCUGCUCUCGGCGACGCCGUACGAAGCCAUUGCCCUGACCUUUGAGACGCCCGACGUGGACCUCGCUCCCGUGAAGCAGGAGAGCCCCGUGCGGGAGCGGGAGGCCAGCAUGGCGCCGCUAGACUUUUGCGAACCGCGACCGGUGUACAACCCGCCCCGAGCGUUUGACGAGGGGUCCGCUCUGCCGACGCUGCUGGAGCGGCUACGGACAUCUCGUCACAAGACAAUUGUCAACCAGGAAGUGAGGCUCAGCCCGCUCACGCUCCAGAUCUUCACGGACGCGCACAAAGUGCUCAGCGACGAGACGUACAAACUGGGAGUAGCGGCGGCAGAGGUCUUCAGGCGAUGCGAGUUGCUCCAGUCAGAACUACACCAGCAAGUGAGAAAGGCAAACGAAGUCAAGGGCCGGAUCGACAGCAUCAACGGCGGAGGGGGAGACGGGAACGACGAGGCCGAGAACGCCAUGUACGAUCGGCGCGUAGCCGAGGCGAGAGACCGACAAGAGCGGCUCACCAAGCGCGUGGACAGUCUGCGAAAGAUUGUCGGCAAGGCGACGACGCGGGACCUCAGCACCAAGGAGAGGGCCUUUGUGGACGAGGUGACGAGCCUGGAGGCCAACGUCCUGGGACCGCCGGCGGGUGGACGGCGAGAGGACGGCGCUGCGCAGCAGCCAAGGCCGUUAUGGAGGCGCCUCGAGGACGUCAAGAGGCUGCAAGCAGAGCUGCUGGCGGAUGUGGAAAGCGUGAAGAAGUCGGGACAUGCGGAAGCCGCGGCGGCGACGGGGGAAGUCAGGAUCCCCCAAGAUAUCCGGCGGUCAAAACUGCAGCAAGUUCAGGGCUUGCUGGCAAGGGAGUCGGCCUUGGUCGAGGCGGUGACGUCACGCUUGGAACGACUCCAAGCGGCCACGUAG